AUGUUUGCUUCAAAACUCUCUGUCUUAAGAUGGCUGCCCGGCAGGCUGAAUCGUCCUCUAUUUCAAGCUCAAUCGAACGUAUUAAAGAGCAGCCUCUUCAAAUGCCGAUUCAAUUCCACACAGGCUACUGUAAAACCUAAGGGCAUUAAAGGAUUGAUCCAGUUAUAUGGUUAUUCUGCCCUGGGGGUCUACCUUGCAUUGACCGCAUUGGACUUACCUUUAUGCUUUCUAAUGGUUCACUCGCUUGGUGAAGAAAAGAUGAGAGUUUACCUGAAUAGUGCCAAACGGGUCUUUGGAUAUGGUAUUGAAGAAGAGGAAGUUAUUAAGCAGGUGAGAGAGAAAUUGGCCCGAGAUGAGGAGAGAAAGCUUAGCGGAGAAUUGGAUCACCUGUCAUGGUGGGAAAAAUUCAAGCAAAGCACUUUACUAGCUGAAUUUCUAAUUGCAUAUGGUAUUCACAAGAGUUUAAUCGUGGUCAGAUUGCCGCUGACUGCAGCAAUCACACCUGCAACCGUCAGGAUUUUGCAAAGAUGGGGUUUCAACAUUGGUAAACCUGGGAUGUUAAAGACACUGGCUCAUGACGCUAAAGUACGGUACAAAUCUGGUAAACCAGGCGAUUUCAUCAAGAUGAAUCAAGCUGAUCCAAAGCUUUCGAAGCAAAAGUAUACCAAAGGUCAGAAAUGGUUCAAUGGGUUAAUGUAG